AUGACUCAUCUAAGAGGGAAUACUGUGACCUACCUCCUCUGGAUGCUGCUGCUGUGGAGUCAAGAGAGUGGCUGUCAGGCACAGAGGGCAGGUUGCAAAACUGUGCACUACGAUCUGGUCUUCCUCUUGGACACCUCCUCCAGUGUGGGAAAGGAGGACUUUGAGAAAGUCCGGCAGUGGGUGGCUAACCUAGUGGACACUUUCGAGAUUGGCCCAGAACGCACCCGUGUUGGGGUCGUGCGCUACAGUGAUCGACCCACCCCAGCCUUUGAGCUGGGUCACUUCAGCACUCGAGAGGAGGUCAAGACAGCAGCCCGACACUUGGCCUACCACGGUGGCAACACCAACACUGGAGACGCUCUGAGAUACAUCACCCGCCACAGUUUCUCCCCAGAGGCAGGUGGGCGGCCAGGUGACCGAGCCUACAAGCAAGUGGCCAUCCUCCUGACUGAUGGCCGCAGUCAAGACCUGGUGCUGGAUGCUGCUGUGGCAGCCCACCGUGCUGGUAUCCGCAUCUUUGCUGUGGGCGUAGGGGAGGCCCUAAAGGAGGAGUUGGAGGAGAUAGCUUCCCAACCCAAGUCUGCACACGUGUUCCAUGUAUCCGACUUCAAUGCCAUCGACAAGAUCCGUGGCAAGCUGAGGCGCCGCCUGUGUGAAAGUAAGUGUGAGUGGGGACAGGUGUCGGUGUGUGGUACAGAAGGGGAACGAGGUAUGCCUGGAAUUCCUGGCUCUCCUGGAAACCGUGGUGACCCAGGCAUUGGAGCUACUGGCCCUCCUGGUCCUUCUGGAGCACCAGGAGACAAAGGGCCUCCGGGAUCUCGAGGCUUACCUGGAUUCCCUGGGCCCCGGGGGCCAGCUGGACAAGAUGGCACACCAGGAAAUCCAGGAGAAAGAGGGCCUCCUGGCAAACCGGGUACCUCUCCACUACUGACUCCAGAGGACAUAAAUCUACUGGUUAAGGAUGUGUGCCAUGACUGCCCUCCGGGUCCCCCAGGUCUCCCUGGAAUGCCAGGUUUUAAAGGGGAUAAGGGUCUUCCGGGCAAGCCAGGGAGAGAAGGCUCAGAAGGUAAAAAGGGAGAUGCAGGACCCAGAGGUCUUCCAGGGCCCCCGGGAACAGCUGGUCCACAGGGAAAUAAAGGAGAGCAGGGUGCAGAUGGUGAAGCUGGGCAGAAAGGUGAUCAGGGCCAUCCUGGAGUUCCAGGCUUCAUAGGGCCUCCAGGAAACCCAGGGUCACCAGGAGUAGAUGGAACUGCAGGAGCUGCUGGACCUCCAGGAAUCCAAGGACCGCCUGGUAAAGAAGGUCCACCAGGCCCCCAAGGCCCAUCUGGAUUACCUGGAAUCCCAGGAGAAGAAGGCAAGGAAGGCAGGGAUGGAAAACCAGGUCUCCCAGGAGAACAAGGCAAAACUGGAGAGCCGGGUCCACCAGGACCAGAGGGUACACGAGGCCCUCCUGGCUUCAAGGGACACACCGGUGACGCAGGUGCACCUGGUCCACGGGGAGAGCCUGGUGCCAUUGGGCCACCUGGACAAGAAGGGCUACCAGGAAAAGAUGGAGACACGGGACCCAUAGGACCACAGGGUCUUCGAGGACUAAGAGGCCCACCGGGAAAGAAUGGGUCACCUGGACCCCCAGGAGACCCAGGCUCUCCAGGAAGCCCAGGUCAGAAGGGAAACAAAGGAGAAAAUGGAAGCCCAGGACUUCCUGGAUUCGUGGGACCUCGUGGGCCUCCUGGAGAACCAGGAGAGAAAGGAGUCCCAGGAAAAGAGGCAAGUAUUACAACCCAUUCUUCCCUAAUAACAUCUUAUAGGAAGAGGAGUCAGCUUCAUGGAUGA